CCAAGAGCAGUCACAAACACAGAGAGACUUAAAGCCAGAGUUUGCUGUUGUGCCGGACAAGCAUGGAUUUAAGAGAAUUGUUUUUCAUUUCUCUUGGUGCUGCAGUUGUUGUCUACUAUGGAGUGAAACUGCUGCUUUUCAGUAGGAUGCUUUUUCCAAAAAUGUGGUUUCCAGUGUCAAAGUCCUUUUUCACCUCUAUGGGAGAGUGGGCAGUGGUGACUGGUGCUUCAGAAGGCAUAGGACGAGCAUAUGCAUUUGUGCUAGCUGAGCAAGGAAUGAACGUGGUAAUCAUGAGUAGGACCAAAGUAACGUUGGACCAGGUGGCCAAGGAAAUAGGUGAUACCACAGGGCAGAGGGUGAAAGUGAUAGUAACAGACUUCAUAAAGGAAAACAUCUUCAGUGAAAUUGAGGAUGAGCUUAGGGACCUCAACAUUGGGGUUUUAGUCAAUAAUGUAGGCCUGUUGCCCAGCUUCAUCCCCUGCAAAUUUCUUGAUUGUGCAGAGCUGGACCAGACAAUUACAAAGGUGAUAAACUGCAACGUAAAGACUAUGGCUAAGAUGUGCAAAAUAAUCCUUCCAGGCAUGGAGAAAAGAGGCAAAGGGGUGAUUGUGAAUAUUUCGUCUGGAGUAGCUUCUAUUCCGUUCCCCCUGUACACCCUGUAUGCUGCAUCUAAGGUGUUUGUGGAAAGAUUUUCUCAAGGUCUUCAAGCUGAAUACAAAGGGAUUAUUAUACAGGCAGUGGCUCCAUUUGGGGUCUCCACUCGAAUGGCAGCUUACCAACAAACCGGCGGAGUCACUUUUUCACCAGAAGACUUUGUGAAAAGCGCCCUGCAGUACCUCAGAGCUGGAGACAAAACACAUGGCAGUAUCUGUCAUAUAGUUCUGGGCUGGUUACUGCAGUCUAUUCCUCUCAAGAUUCUCCAUGCAGAGUCUAUGCUACAUAAGCUACAAGACUAUGUCAAGAAGAAAUUAACACAGAAGGCAUCCAUCUCUGCAUCAAGAGCGACUUUUGAAAAUGUUCUGUAAAUUACCAGGAACAGCAAUGUAAAGGAAAUAAAUUAUCAUUAUUUGUAUAUAUAAGCCACCCUCAGGAAAGUACCUUUAUCAAUGGCAUUAUUGCUUUCUGUUUAUAAUGUUUAGCCCAGUUUAUACGUCGGUUUUCUGUCGUUUUUAAAAAAUGUUCCACUUCCCUAGCUCCUUGUUUAUCCCUCUUUACAUCUCCGCUUCAUUCCACAUUUACUGAGUCGGUUCUAUUGAAAAAAUUCUUUCAUUUAUUGUCAUUGUCAUAGAGGUGUUAAUUCAAUUAUGUUUUAGCAUUAAGGUUAUAGUUGUACUGUUGUUGUGGUGUUGUACUGGUCUGUAUUAUAUUGAAAUGUGUUUCUAGUUCCCUGACCUUGCUCAUGUAUGUAAAUAGGGAGGACUAAAAAAUCAGAAACAUCUCACAAUAUAUUGUAGUCCUGUAAAACACCACCUUUAGCAAUGACUUUGGUAAUGACGAUUUAUUUGAACUUAUUUACUUGUCAUUUUUGUCGAUACAUCUGCUUGAUUUUAUAGUGAGAAGUGACAUUUAUGGACGUCUAUUUUGAUAUAUUUUGAUUCAGAUUAAACAUCAGAUAGAAAACAAAAAAUUAAAUCAACAAAUCCUCAAAUACCUUUACACACUAAACAUCGUUAGACAGAUGUGUAAAUGCAAUUUACUAGCUCAUGUUUUCAAACUACAUUUCCUUUAAUAUGAACAUUAAUUCUCAUGCACCCCACACACAAACACACACACACUCCUGUAACUGUCAUUAGCAUCUUCCUUUUCUCUCUGAGAUGGAGGAAACGUUUGAUCAGUUGAGUACACCACCAGACAGCUUCGCUAUGGUGUCAGUCACAUUUCUGAAAUCCACAAAACCAGUUGGGGGCCGAAGAGAAUUGAUGAGCUUCCUACCUGAUUCCUGAGAAAUGAGAGUACACUGGAGACCAGGGUUUGAUAGCCUGCUGUUUACAGGAUGAUGUACAGUGUUUAAAGCAUGCAUGGCCAUUCCCUCAUCUGUGCACGCACACAUGCAAAGAGCAGAUUCACACAAGCAUUUGAAUUAGUAUGUGCUACCGAGAUGUCUGACCUAAACGAGUCACUUAUCACGGGGUGACGUGGCUGUUUAGGCAGCCUUGAUGAAUGAUCCUCCCCAUGAGAGACAGUGCAGGGAAUAGGAAAAGUGAGAGAGAGAGAGAGAGAGAGAGAGAGAGAGAGAGAGAGAAGCAGGUUCAGAGUGACCCUGAGCUUAGAUCAUCCAUGCCUGGCCUCACUGUUUAAAAAAGGCAAAGAAUAAUUCAUGUACACAUGAGAAUAGUCUUUAUUCAUAGCUAUUGAGACAGGAACAGCAUUUUUACAACAAUUAAAACAAAACAAAAUCAUAUACAGUAAAAGCAUAUCUAUAGUUUUAUUAAAGGUAAGCUUUAAAAUGUUUUUGGUUUUGCCAGCUUCUAUGGCCCACAGUAAUUAAAAUAGGCCCUUUAAGUUAUGGUUUUUAUAUUAUGGAAUUAUCAACAACUAUUAUAUUUGACCUGGCAUUUAAGUCUUUGGGAUGCUUUCUCUGAUGUGUUAGUUUCCCUUUAGCCCUCCCGGUACUGAUGUGUAUGUGAAUAAUAAAUCUCUGAAUGUACUUUUGCAUAUAUUUUUUACCAGGAUGAAUGUUAACCUGCAGUUGAUUAAUCUCGUAACAUCCAGUUUCAUUUGAUUCCAUCUUUAAGUGAUUUAAGGAUGGAAACAUAGCCUAGUUCCAGUCACACUGUUUUUGUAUCAUUGCUGCACCGUUUCAUUAAAUCAUAAAUUCAG